UAUUCGUAUCUAGGGUAAAUCUAGGCUACUGAAUACAAUUUGUAAGAAAUGCUAUCUAGACUUUAAAUAUAUUGAUUUUGAAGACAUGAUACUUAAUGAGUGAAUCCUAAGUCCUUAUUUUCUAAAGCGCACACCUAAAUGCUAGGAUAAUUUAUUAUUUUUAAUUUUCAUGUCACACAUUUAACGGUCAAUUAUAAAAGUUGACUGCCACAUAAGCAAAAUUUAAUGUAGAUGGACGGAGGGUGACCAAGUUUGAAAUAUUUAACUAAUUUUAGUGACCAUGAAUGGAAUUAAAUAUUUUGUGACCAAACGUAAACGUUUUUAGUAGUUUCAGUGACCUAGGGGUGGACAUACGGUUCGGUAAAACCGAACCUAACCGAACCGAAUUCAAACCGAACCGAACCGAAUAACAUUACUUCGGUUCAGAUUCGGAAGAGAAAAGGGUAUAUUUCGGAAACCAAGGUUCUUUCGACCGAACCGAUUUUCCGAAUUCCGAACCGAUUUUCCGAAUUACUAUAAUUGCAAGUUUCUAAUGGUGAAUUUUUAUGUUUGUACUUAUUAUGAGACUUAAAUAUUUGAAUUAUGUUAGUGUUUUAUGAGUUAUGUGUUGAAAUGUUUGAUUUUAUCAUUGAUGAUGCAUUUAAUUGCAUAUUUAUUGUUUACAUUAGGGGUGAAAAAUAAGUUGAAAGAGAAAAAAUACAAGCUAACCUCACAAUUUCGGUUUUUCAUACAAAACCGAACCGAAUUAUAAUUCGGUUUGAACGACCGAACCGAAUUAUAAUUCGGUUCGAAUUCGGUUUGAAGUUUGGUGGAACUUGGAAACCCGGUAUGCCCACCACUACAGUGACCAACCAUGCAAUUUGCCCGAUUAAUUUGAAUCAAACAAAAUGGUGAUGGAAUAGCUACGCUUUUCGUUUCUUUUCUUUCUAGAUGAAAUGCGGCGGAGGGAAGUACGAUUCCGACAGGAAUAAAAAAAACGAAAGAGGACUGGGAUACCGCCGAUUCCCCCCCCCUUCUUCAAUAAAAACCAUGAAUUCUUUUUCCUAAUGGUUCCCCUCUUCAAUUUCCUUCAUCCAUCAAUACAAACUUCUUCCUACUUCCUUCUCCGUCGUCUUCAUCACCCUUAAUUCCAGUCAACUUUCCCAGAUCUCUGAUUCUUUCGACCCAUAACAACUAUAAACUUCUUUACCGUCCUCUUCUUGCAGAUGGCAUUCAUACUCCUCCUCGUCUUCAAGACCAAUUUGUGGAAACUGGUCAUAAUCGCCUUAGAUCGGCUGAAGCGCGGCCACGGUCCCGUCGUCGUCAAGACCGUUGUCGAAACCCUGCUUCUCGUAUUGAGCUCCAGCGCCUACAGUGUGGUCAGCAUCCAGAACCUCUGGACCGGGGAAGGCGUUGUCAUCAACCCCACCGAUAAAGUCCUCCUGGCUGAUUACAUCCUCAAAGCCACUCUUAUGGGUAACAACAUACAAUUACCUUACUGACCUCCUCGUUCAAUUACAGUUCUUUGAACUCGAAUUCUCCAUACUGUAAUGUGAAACUGUUGGGCCUAGUAUUGACAUACGUGGGCCUAAGGCCCAUGGUUACAAAAGCCCACAAAGGCUAGUUCAAACUAAGGCGGUUUCUGCCCUGGCUAAUCGUGGUAACCGCCCGACACUGACGCACGUCUGACGUCAGUGGACCGCCCGACAAAAAGACUGAGUCUCUGCCAGACAGAGAGGACCAGACAUUCGUACUGACACACCAUUUAAUGUCCUCGGAGGCGUCCCAGACCGCCCGACACCGCAUUAAAUGUCUUAGUACGUG